CUCACCUUGCACUGCGGAUUCACUUGGUCGUUGCGAGCUCCCCAAGAAAGUACCAGGGUUUCUUCUCACACGAUGAGUGCGCUUUUUGAAGGUGUUCCUGCCAUGCCUCCGAAUAUUCUCGAGAUAAGAGGAAAACUCCACAACCAGCCGGGCCUCCACACUAUUUUCGAUGUGCCAGUGAGGGCCUAUGAGCAACACGCGCCUCAUGACAGCUUCGAUGGCGUUACGAUGUCUGUACUGAUCUACACGGUUGGGGACCGCUAUGCUAGAUUCCGCAUUGCAUUCGGGCACGUAUUCCAAGUUGGGCACCAGACUGCCUUCUUUGAAAUCGGUACUUUCGCGGACGAUAACAAAAUCAAGUGUGGCCAUGAUAAUACCGGCCCCACCAAAACCGACACUUCGCGUACGGCAGCCGUGAAAACCUUCUACUGGAUCCAGUUUGUGAGAGAUGCGAGCAGCUUCAGUAUACUCUUCAAUGGUGACUCGUACCACAAGGAGGCGUUACCUGGAAGUCCUCCUGUGUACGACGGCAUGGCAGCGUGGGUAGACCUCGCGGAGAAUCAGGACAUCUUAUGCUUCGAGUGCCACUUUACAUGCGACAAAAGCAAUGUGUCAACUCUCCUGCCAAUGAACCACUGGUUAAUCUCGGAUGAAGUGAACCAAAGCCGAUCUUUCCAACAAAGCGCCAACUUCAAGCUGGGAGGUUCCAUGACCAUUUUCGGAAAGUACAAGAAGACAGGGCAAGGCGACGACAAGAUAAAGCUCGGUAUCAUGAAAGAUUCCGAAGUUACGAUCGAUCCCCCAUCAGACCGCAGUGCAGAUACAAUGCUCCAUCUGACCAUCGAGAAAGGCGAAUUGGUCCUCAUAUACCAGGAUAAUCACAAGACGCUCUUGACGGGUGUGGACGGAACGCACACCGUCCCAGUGAAGAUCAUUGAAAACUUCGACGUGAUAUCGGUUUGCAUGACGUCAGGAAUGGUCAACCCAGAGGUCUAAUAGCUUGGCGACGUGUGAUGAUGGAGACGGUGUCCGUGUGUGUGUGCGUUCCUUUUGAAGUAAUAAAUAAGUAAAAACAUUGAAAAUGUAA